UUUACGAAUAUAUCAUACAAACUUCCUCAUAAACUGAUAAACACGUAGUGAAUAUACCUGCAACAACCCAACAAUGGUGAAAGAAGAAGAGGUGAUUCUACUGAACUUAUGGGCAAGCAUGUAUGGGAUGAAGGUCAUGAUCGCACUUGCCGAGAAGGGUGUUUCAUAUGAGUACAGAGAAGAAGAUUUCAGGAACAAGAGUCAGCUUCUCUUGAAGAUGAACCCGGUUCACAAGAAAUUUCCGGUUCUCAUCCACAACGGCAAACCGAUCUGCGAGUCAAACAUCAUUGUUGAAUAUAUCGAUGAAGUCUGGAAAGAUAAAGCUCCAUUGUUUCCUUCUGAUACUUACGACAAAGCUCAUGCGAGGUUUUGGGCUGACUUUAUUGAUAAGAAGAUAUACCAAAUUGGGUGGAAGUUGUACACAAGAAAAGGGGAAGAACAUGAGGCAGCAAGGAAAGAGUUCAUGGAUUCCCUUAAACUGAUUGAAGGAGAGCUUGGAGACAAGCCUUACUUUGGAGGUGACAGUUUCGGGUAUCUUGAUCUGUCUUUCAUCCCAUUUCAUUCAUGGUUUCAUGCCUAUGAAACAUAUGGGAAAUUGAACAUACAACAAAACUUCCCAAAAUUGAUUGCUUGGGGUAAAAGGUGCUUUCAGAACAAGAAGAGUGUGUCUAACACUCUUCCUGAUUCGCUAAAGGUCCUUGCUUUUGUUCAAAACUUUAGGAAAAUAUUUAAACUCGGUGAAUAGAAUUUUGAGGUAUCAAAGCCAUUAUGGUUUUGUUAACACUUGGAUUUGUGUUGUUGAUAAUUUUGCUUUCUUGAUAGAAAACACUUGGAUGUGUUUGUCUCGUAUGAAUAAUGAAAGUUGUGUUUUCAGAUGCA